AUGGGUGAUUCAUCGGCGGAUCCGUCCCAGCGAGAGGCGGAUCGGCGCAUCAUGGACGCUAUGAUGAGUGAUCUCGGAAAUAGUCGUCUCGAAGAACUUGCUAGAGAUGGCGAUGAAGAUCGGCGUCGAGGCCGUCAGACCUUCCAAGUAAACCGUCGUCCGCUCUCGACGCAACGCGAGGAACGCCCUUCUGUAGAUGAUCCAGCUGCAGGCUGGAGGAAUGCAUUUAAUGAAGGUGUGUUCAACGACUCUGAUUAUCAUGCGGUAAAAGGUCUUGACUCGCUCGAUGACGGAAAUGCCCACCGCCUAAACCGAGCUGCAACGAAACCAGGACUCGGGGGCAGUGGGAAUGCUGUUGGCUACAAUAGCCGGCCUUCAACCUUUACUUCUAAGGAACACACUCUGAUAUAUAAUCCACUGAAUCCCGGUUAUUCCAGGAAGCCAAAAAACUCCUCUCAACCCCUUCAGCCGGGACAUAGAGAAACUUCGCUUGGUGGUAUUGUACCACCUGGGGCCGAGGUGAGACGAUGGGACUCUAAACGAGCAGAACAAGCUGGUAACCCAAUUCGCAUCACCCCUAUAUCCAAUGUACCUGGCACUGGGCGCGGUACACCGGUCCAGGCGAGAUCGCAGCAACUUGAUACUCUAGGCGGAUUAGGACGUGGCGCUCCGCUGCGGCUACAACCUUCUCUCAUGCCCCAUCAGCAGGAGAAUACUCUGCUCCCGCAUCAGAGACGACCAGCCGGACCCGCCCACAAUACGCCUGAUCACAAUGGUGAAACUUCCGGUGGAAACUUGAUCCAAACCGCGGCGCUUAAACCAGAUCGAGUUAUAUUCAGAGACGAAGAUGUUACUAUUAUGCUUGUCGUUGGACAGGAUGCAUUUAGUCCUGGUCAAGUUUCUCUCCAUGAAAGGCCGAGUGGUGUCGUUGUCUGGAGUUUGAGUAUCAACAACGGUAGAGCGACGAGAGGCGAUAUUCGUCUCUGCUUGCAACCGUUCCAAUACGGAAGCAGCGUUCAUCUUCGACGACGAGAUAAUGAGGCUUCCGAAGUGCGAUCUAGUCAGAUACGAUUCGGCAGUAUUCCAGCCGCGCAGGAGUUCGAAGAAGUAGUUAAUUCUUGUCGGAAGCAACAGGAGAGUUCGCUCAUACCAAUCCUCAUGGAAAUGAGUAAAUCCGAAUUCGCACCCCAGCCAGAAAUUGAUACGGACAGCAAGGAUUCGAAGAAGACAGACGGACAAGCUCCGAAGAAUCAAGUACCUGAAACUUGCCGGGCCAGAGUCGACACCGUGGCUUCUACACCUCCUAAGCCUACAUCCCCAAAGCCUACCCCAAGCACGGAGAUUACGAAUGAAGAUUUAAUUGAUCUUAAUUCUCCAGAGUCCCUUAAGAGUUCGAAAUCUCCUUUAGAUCUCAUCGAUCUAAAUUCUCAUAAAAAGUCGAUGGUUAAGUCUAUAGGCGAUGCCGAGUCAGCUAGUCUCCAGGGAGAGCCCGUAAUCGCGGCGCCCACCAGAGACACAUUCUCUAUGAUCGCCCGAUCUCAGACUAUUUCGCCGUCAGUUACGACACAGCAUAGUAUUAGCUUCAGUACGGCUACGGUUAUUUCCACCUCACAACUCGAGCAGGAUGUCGCGGCGAUCGAAGCGAUUACAGUUGGAGUGGACAUGUCUCAAGAUUCCCUUCGCGUGCUUUCUUUCCUAACGACUAGAGACUAUAGGCAUAUGAUCAAAAUAAGCCGCAGCCUUUUGGAAUACCUCACGUGGGCUCAGAAUUCAUCGCCGUUAGCACUCGCUAAACAAGCAGCAAUGCAGGUUGCGAUGAUGCAGCUUAAGCGAUAUGAUGAAUUCGGUGACCUGAAUCAAGAUGAGCAGAGAAAGACAAUUGCAGUUGUAUAUGCGAAUAUCCUACAUGGAAACGCUCCGAUUAUUCGCUCGGUCGGCGAGAUGAUGAUGCUGCGACAAUAUGCGUGCCCCUGCCACCCUAGAAUUCUCCGCUUUAACCAAUAUUUCUACAGAGUGACCGAACACCUGGGAACGCAGCAGCCAUUUACAAGCAAAAAUACCUUCGUCCCAAAGACUUCAUGCUCAAUGAAAGGGCAUUCGGAAGAUACUCAACCUGUGCAUGAAAAGCAAUGCCCUGUACCGGAAGAGAAACUUAUUGAUAUAGAGCAACAACCUGAAGAGGCUGAAGAGGAAACGGUAGAAAAAACUAACAGAUUUUUGGCUCUAUUAAGGGACCACAAUAGAGACGCCGUUAAAUUAGUCCAGCCAGAGGCCAAUACCUCGACGUACGCAAUGAGCAACUCAUCGGCGUCUACCAUACGGACUGGUGCAGUCCUCGUGCCACGUACCAACCCAACGCGGGAGACGAAUGCUUCUAUAGACCGUACGCCGACGGUUCACGGCAUUAGUUCCUCUCGUUGGGCGAAUCAGUCGCACAAUACAUCGAGCCACGCCGAUACGGAGAGCCGUCGUAACUCCCCAGUACCGAGUCACGGACGAACCGCAACAGGCGACUUGAGUUCCCUUUCGGGCAUCACGACGCGACUUGCGACGCUCGAGUUGGAUGAUCUACAACGUCUUUGAUGCAUUCGAUUAGUCGUUUUCCCCGAGAGUUCUUGACAUCUCUCAUACUUUGAGUUGCGAAUUUCAAGCACACAUCUCCACGUGCUUAUGAAGUCGUCUACUACUAGUUUGAGCUUACGGACCAUAUUUGGGCUCUGGUCAUCCGUUUCUUUCCUUUCUUUUUCCUAACGCCUCAAUAAGAAUCUCGG